AAAAAAAAAACUUCGAUCGAGCUUGUUCCCGGUUCGUCUGGGGUGGUGCUUGAAUCAUAAAAAUAAGGGAAACAAAAGCGCCAAAAUAAAAAAAAGAAGAAAAAGAGAAAAAAGAAGAAUCAACCAGCAAAUUAAACGUUGAGAUUGAGAAGUUUCCUCCUUCCACUGUUCCACAGUCCAAGGGGGGAAGGAAGGAGGAGGCAAACAAGCUGAGAGAAAGUGUACAGUGUACACCCGUAUUGCUUUUGAUUUCCUAAUUCCCCAAAUCGUCUUCCUUUUUUCCUCCUUUUUUUAGCCACUUUCUCUGGAAUAUUCAACAAUAUUCCCCCCUUUAAUGCGGUUGAUUCAGAAUCAGAUCAAUCAAAAUUCCCAAAUCUCUAUUUUGGGAAAUCCCCAAGUCGAUUUGUUAAUUUUGGGGAAAUUUGAACACGAAUUAGAGUGGGGUUUGGCUCAGAUUUUGAGAUGGGUUCGUCGGAGAGUACAACGUUGUCAUCUUCGUCGAAUGUUGCAGGUUUAAUUGUGGAUGAUGAUUCAACGUUUGUUGAUUCAUUGCCGAUUUAUGUCAGAGAAUUGAUCGCCGGCGGCGCUGCUGGCGCUUUUGCUAAGACCGCGGUUGCUCCCCUUGAGAGAAUUAAGAUUCUUUUUCAGACUCGAACGGAUGGAUUUCAUUCUCUUGGGGUCUACAGGUCACUGAAGAAGGUGCUAAAUCAUGAAGGAAUUCAAGGGUUGUACAGAGGGAAUGGUGCGAGUGUCCUCCGGAUUGUUCCUUAUGCAGCUUUGCAUUACAUGACAUAUGAGAGGUACCGUUUUUGGCUGUAUGAUAAUUGUCCUUCACUUGGGACGGGGCCUGUUGUAGAUCUUAUAGCUGGCUCAGCAGCUGGUGGAACCGCAGUUCUAUGCACUUAUCCCCUGGAUUUGGCGAGAACGAAGCUCGCUUAUCAGGUAGUGGACAAACGGCCAACUUUUAGGAGCAGUAGCAACUCCUCCCCAUCAUAUAGUGGAGUACAAGAUGUGUUUAGACGUGUCUACAAAGAAGGCGGUGUGCGUUCCCUGUAUCGUGGCGUGGGACCUACACUUGUUGGAAUCCUUCCAUAUGCUGGUUUGAAGUUCUACAUAUAUGAGGAGCUCAAAAGAAGAGUUCCUGAUGAGCAUCAAAAAUCUAUUGUAUUACGUCUUUCGUGUGGAGCUUUGGCUGGCUUGUUUGGACAGACCUUCACAUACCCAUUGGAUGUUGUUAGGCGACAAAUGCAGGUUGAAAAUUUGCAGCAAGGUGGAGCAAGGUAUAGAAAUACCAUCGAAGGACUUCGAGGCGUUGUGCAAAGUCAAGGAUGGAGGCAGCUGUUUGCUGGUCUGAGUAUUAACUACAUCAAAGUUGUCCCGUCCGUAGCCAUCGGUUUCACGACUUACGACAUCAUGAAGUCUUGGCUGAACAUUUCGUAUCAGCACAAACGACAAGGGAUAUCUGGUGGAUGAAAUUCAAACUCAAAUUUAACCAAGACAGUAAGGCCAAGGCCAAGGUACAAGGAAAUGUGAGUCCUCUAAUUUGAUGACAUACAUGUUCACGAUUGAUGUAUUUUUGACUCAAAAUCUUGAGAAAACUAGAUAAUUAAUUUAGUACAGAUGAUUAAUAUAUACUAUACUUCUACA